UUUGGCCAAUAAUUCGAACUACUACUACUACUACUACUACUACUACUACUACUACUACUACUACUACUACUACUACUACUACUACUACUACUACUACUACUACUACUACUACUACUACUACUACUACUACUACUACCACUACUACUACUACUACUACUACUACUAUUGGAUAG